GAGAGAGAAAGAGUAAGAGAGAGAGGGUAUCCAUCCAUCCACGUCCUCUGUGUCGCGUCUUUUGUGUAUAAAUAGCAGAGAGCGAGCCAAUACCUGCUUUCAUUUAACAGAGAGCUCGUCCAGUGCCUUCACACUUUUCACUCACUGUAUAGAGUAGGGUUUUUCGUUAUCCCCUUUUAUCUUCUUCUCUCUUCACAACGUCCACGUUAUCGUAUUCUGGUUUUCAGUUAUAGAGAGAGAAACCCGGCGGAGAGAGACAGAUUGAUCAUGGACGCACACGCCGUGCAUUUGGCCUUGGCGGCGCUCGUCGGAGCCUCCGUCGUGGCCGUGUCGGCGUACUACAUGCACCGCAAGACGCUCGCGCAGCUGCUGGAGUUCGCGCGGACGGUCGAGCGUGAGGCCGAGGGCGGCGGCGGUUCGGACGCCGAAUCACCGCCGGCGCAUUUGAAGAAGCGCCGUGGAACCUCGAGGAGGAGGGGAAACGGAGGGUACAGGCGCGGCUCGGCGUCGUUGCCUGACGUCACCUUGAUCUCCGGCGGCUUUGACGGAGACGAGAAGCGGAACGGACAGGUGCACGUCGAUGGGAUUCCGCCGGGGCUGCCGCGGCUGCACACGCUCCGUGAAGGAAAAUCGACACAAUCUGGUUCCUUUAAGAGAAGCCUUUUAAGACCAACUUCUCCAAAGUCCCCUGUUGCAAGUGCUAGUGCCUUUGAAAGUGUAGAAGAAUCAGAUGACGAAGAUAACAUGACAGACAAAGAUAAAUUGGAUACUGCAUAUCUGCACACAAAUGGGAAUGUUGGGCCAGAAGGUAAAAUCCCGUUUGAGACUUUACCUAAUCAUGUUAAUGCUAAUGGAGAGCAGAUGGCAAUUGCUCCAAGUAUGAUCCGUUCUCAUAGUGUUUCCGGUGACCUGCAUGGUGUGCAGCCUGAUCCAAUAGCAGCUGACAUUCUGAGGAAAGAGCCAGAGCAUGAAACUUUCACAAGAUUGAAAAUUACUCCUAUUGAGACUCCAUCACCUGAUGAAGUUGAAGCUUAUGUGGUUCUUCAAGAAUGCCUUGAAAUGAGAAAACGAUAUAUUUUUAGAGAAGCCAUUGCUCCUUGGGAUAAAGAAGUUAUAUCUGACCCCAGUACACCCAAGCCUAACCCAGAUCCAUUUUUGUACACUUCUGAAGGAAAGUCUGACCAUUACUUUGAAAUGCAAGAUGGGGUUAUUCAUGUAUAUCCAAACAGAGAAGAAAACGAAGAGCUUUUUCCUGUUGCUGAUGCAACUACAUUUUUCACUGAUCUUCAUCACAUACUUCGAGUCAUAGCAGCAGGGAAUAUAAGAACUUUAUGCCAUCACAGGCUCAAUCUUCUAGAACAAAAAUUCAAUCUUCAUUUGAUGCUAAAUGCGGAUAGAGAAUUUCUUGCUCAGAAAAGUGCUCCACAUCGGGACUUCUAUAAUGUUAGAAAAGUUGAUACUCAUGUCCACCAUUCAGCAUGCAUGAAUCAGAAGCAUCUUUUAAGAUUCAUAAAGUCAAAGCUGAGAAAAGAGCCUGACGAGGUUGUAAUAUUUCGUGAUGGGACAUAUCUAACCUUGAAGGAGGUCUUCAAGAGUUUGGAUUUAACUGGGUAUGAUCUCAAUGUUGACCUUUUGGACGUUCACGCUGACAAGAGCACUUUUCAUCGCUUUGAUAAGUUUAAUCUUAAAUACAAUCCUUGUGGUCAAAGUAGGCUCAGGGAGAUAUUUCUAAAACAGGAUAAUCUCAUUCAAGGUCGUUUUCUUGGUGAGGUGACUAAGCAAGUGUUUUCGGAUCUUGCUGCCAGUAAAUAUCAGAUGGCCGAAUAUAGAAUAUCAAUAUAUGGUAGGAAGCAAAGUGAAUGGGACCAACUAGCCAGUUGGAUAGUUAAUAAUGAUUUGUACAGUGAGAAUGUUGUUUGGUUGAUUCAGCUUCCGCGGUUGUACAAUGUGUACAAAGAAAUGGGAAUUGUGACAUCAUUCCAGAACAUGCUUGACAAUAUUUUUAUUCCACUUUUUGAGGUUACUGUCGACCCAGAUUCACAUCCACAGCUGCAUGUUUUCUUGAAACAGGUUGUUGGGUUGGAUUUGGUGGAUGAUGAAAGCAAACCUGAAAGACGGCCCACAAAACACAUGCCUACACCUGAACAAUGGACUAAUGUGUUCAAUCCGGCUUUUUCAUACUAUGUCUAUUACUGUUAUGCAAAUCUUUACACCUUAAACAAGCUUCGUGAAUCAAAGGGAAUGACAACAAUCAAAUUCCGCCCACACUCUGGAGAGGCUGGUGAUAUCGACCAUCUUGCAGCAACUUUUCUCACUGCUCACAACAUUGCUCAUGGAAUCAAUUUGAAAAAAUCUCCUGUGCUUCAAUAUUUAUAUUAUUUAGCCCAGAUUGGGCUGGCAAUGUCUCCUUUGAGCAAUAACUCCCUAUUCUUAGACUACCAUCGGAAUCCUUUUCCCAUGUUCUUCUUACGGGGUCUGAAUGUGUCGCUUUCUACUGAUGAUCCUCUCCAAAUUCACUUGACCAAGGAACCAUUGGUUGAAGAAUAUAGUAUAGCUGCUUCUGUGUGGAAGUUGAGCUCCUGUGAUUUAUGUGAGAUAGCCCGGAAUUCGGUAUAUCAAUCAGGUUUUUCACAUGCUUUAAAGUCACAUUGGAUUGGUAAGGAGUACUACAAGAGAGGGCCAAAUGGAAAUGAUAUUCAGAGAACAAACGUUCCUCACAUACGGUUGGAAUUCCGUGAUACGAUUUGGAAGGAGGAGAUGCAACAGGUUUAUCUGGGCAAAGCAAUCAUUCCUGAAGAAGUAGAGAAAUAAGAUAUGAGAGGCAGGGUAUGUAGAAAACUCAAACCCAUGUUGCAUCAGAGAUAUUCUAAAGCCGAAGACAUUAUAACACUGGUCGGAUGAUACGAACCAGAUACAUACUAUAGAGAAUCAUCAAUAUGGCUGAGCUUGAGCAUCGAGCAAUGUUUACAGCUACAAGUCAACGGACCCCUGCGAAUUUUUUUGCUUGUAUGAUUUUGGGUUAGUAAUAAAUGCAUGCUUCAAGCAAGUUCGUGCCUGUUUGUGUUAGAAUGUAAGCUAUGAUCCUUGGAAAGGGGGACAUUCAUCUCCCAAAAUUUUGAUUCGCAAUGUUUAUCCAUAUAUAUAGUGCACUCCAGCUGAAACUUGAAGGACGGUUUCCCAUUUCCUUUUAUCUUAACAUAAUCAUUUACAAUACGAUGGUAGAUCUAUAUAUAA